AUGGAUCUCGGACAGGCAUUUCGCCUUGCGAACUUGGUCGUUGGAGGGUUGAUGGUAUUCGGAGGAAUCGCUCAAUUCUUCGACCUGACGUUGCAGCAUGUCAUUCUUGGCAUUUACAUCAUCGUAUUCGGUGCUGCCACCGCCCUACUCGAAUUCCAAAUCCCACCACCCGUUAGCCGUUAUGCGAACUUUAUGUUUUCGUUCAUCGGCCGUGGAGCUUUCUACAUCUUCACCGGCUCGAUCCUGUACCAUAAGGCAUGGUACAGCUGGAUCCCUGGCAGCCUUAUCGUAUUAGUCGGUAUCGGAUAUAUUGGAUUGGAAUUUGUGCCAUCGAUAGAGCCGCCAGAGAAUAUGAGGGAAGGAGGGUAUGAUGGACUCGGAGAGACCGUUUAG